CGACAGUUGUUGAAACUGCUCAUAAAUCUUGUACACUUUUCUACACAAGCUAUCUCUUGACGACUUGACGCAGUAAUCACAAAGCACAAAGAGCUCGAUCGUGUCGUUCUAUUAUUUUUGGUGACUGGUUUUGCUGAAAAUGGUUGCAAAUACAAGGAAAACGGCGCGUUCAAAGAAGGAAGCUGCCAGAACGAAUUACAUACAUCCUGUGGAAAAUAGCUAUGCCGAUUGGCUGAAGGCUCGACAAGCUCAAAAGCAAAUUAGAUGUGACGUUUGCAAGCAAAUAUUCUCAGAUAAAGACAUUUGGACUCAUGUGGAAAUUCACAUCGACUUGCUUUCAGGUGCUACAAAGGUGCAACACGACAAUGCCAUAAUUUCAUCAAAUGGUGCCACAAAUUGUGAACCGAAUCGUCAACAACCAGAAGCAGGAAGUCCAACAGACGAGAAACAGAUUAUCUCAUCCAACCGAAACAAGGAAGAAGAUGUAUCCAAUAUGGACACGUUGGAAAACUCAAUGGGUGAAACCCCGUUCACAUGCGACAUUUGUAAGAAAUCAUUUCGCUGGAAGCACAACUUAUUCAGGCACAUGAACAUUCACAUCAAUGAACAGGCGUUCAAAUGUGGGAUAUGUCAUUCAUCUUUCGCACGAAAGUCCGACUUAUCCAAACAUAUGUUAAUUCACAGUCGAAGCGUUACCAAGAAAAUUUCAGCUUCAGAUGAAAAACGCUUCGCAUGCGACAUUUGUUCGAAAACCUUUCAGCGGAAGGUGUCUCUACGGCAACACUCUGUGAAUCUUCAUAUCUUUUAUUCAAAGCCAUUCAAAUGUGGAAGCUGCGAUUCGGUCUUCGUUCACAAGUCCUCUUUGAACCGCCAUAUGUCAAAACACAAAGUUAAAUAAAGGACUGUGCAAGGUGUCUGAUCCGAUGACGGCUGAGGAAGUUAGCCGAAAAGUCUAGACGAAUUUCGCAAAUUACCUCGCUGCAUUACUCGUUCGACCAUUCUACUAUCUAACAAGAUUCGAAUGCAGAACUUCUCUGGAAAGAAGCCGGCUACUGUAAUGAAGUUUCUAUAUAU